AUGGCCUACGUCGGGGACGACCCCUCCAACGAUCCAUUUGGCGAUGCCAGCGAGCACAUACAGUCUGACGGCGUCGAGAUCAUUGAUCUCACCGGUAUUGACGAGGUCAAGCUCGAGCACCCCAAGCAGGCGAGCCCGCCCAUCAACAAAUCCCAGAGAAACUACAAGUUGGGAGCGGACCACCGAGCUGCGAAGCAGGUGGCCGUCAAUGGGGGCAACUACCGUGUGGGCGACUUUGUCGAGCUUCGUGAGCUUGUGGGUGCGUACAGAAUCCAAUUCAUAGAGAUCAAGUCCAUCAGCGCCCACAACGAGACCGACGACAUCACCAUCCGCGGCCUCCCCUACGCGCGGGCCCGCCACCUCGGCGGCUGCCUCCCCAAGAUGUGCAGCGAGGUGUGCCUGAUCGUCGAGGUCGACGCCGACGACGCCCGCCCCGACGAGGAGCAGGCCCUCCUCCAGAUCGAGCCCGAGGAGAUCCUCCAGAAGCGCAUCCUGACCAACACCAACAAGGCCUUCCCGGGCUCCCGCUUCGACAGGCAGGUCUACGUCACGGACGAGCAGAAGGAGCACAAGGCGCCGCUGGCCUGUCGGUGGAAGAUGCGCGCCGAGUACAGGAGUGCCGCGCAGCGGCGCGCCGGCCGGCCUCAGGGGCUGGCGCUCGAGCACCUGUCUGAGCGUGACGGCGACCGCAUCAAGAAGAGGAACCUCGCAGCCGACGAGGAGCGCGCGCGCGUGUGGCGUGGUGAGGCGAUCCUCGGUGGAUCGGUUUCCAAGUACGACUCCGUCAAGGACGAGGGUCGCCUGGGGGUCGGUAGCAGUCCCGAGCGAGUGCAGAAAUACUCCUUUGCCUCGGUGCUUGCUGGUGCGGGAGGAGCAUCUCGUGGAGCCCAGAUGGCAGGCUUCGACGUCGUCCUAGCCGCAGAGCCCGAUGUCCACGCCAUGGGCAGCCACAAGAGCAACUUCCCUGAUGUUGUGCUCCACUGCCUGGACACCACAGAGCUUCUUGCGAGCGGCAAGGACCAGCACAAUGUCGACGUGCUCCACAUAUCGCCAUCAGCCCUGGAAGAGGCCGGCGAUGACGAAAAGGCCGUCACCAAACUCUGCAAAGGGCUGCUCGAGAGGUUCCGACCGCGACUUGUCCUCAUGGAGCAGCCCCCUACCAUAACAAGCGAGAAAAACACCCCGUUCUUCAACAAGAUGAUCCUGAGCUUCACCGAGACUGGAUACUCAACCCACUGGAAGAGCCUCAACAUGGUGGACUACGGCCUUCCCCAGGUGCGCAAGCGAGUCAUCCUGGUCGGCGCCGGCCCAGGCGAACAGCUGCCCUCGUGGCCCGCAGCCACCCACAGCGCAGACCCGGACCCGAAUGCAGACCAGAAGCCAUUCCUCACAGAGGAAGAGGCCAUCAGCGGCCUCAACCCCAACCUUCACUCCCUGCACGAACCAGACGAGCUGCCCGUGGUCGACCGGCCGGCGCGGGACGCAGACGAGCCGAUCCCAUCCGUGAUCGGGAGCCACGGCUCAGUGUACCCGCACCCAGACGGCGAGCGAGAGUUCACCCUCCGAGAGCUGGCCUCCCUCCAGGGGUUCCCAACCUACCACGAGUUCGAGGGUGCCUACAUUAAGAAGCAGAUCGGCACCGCCUUCCCUCCACAGGUUGCGAUGGCCUUCUGCCAGCACCUCCGCCAGCACCUGGAGGAGGUGGACGGUGUCGGCGCCCUGGUUGAGCCCUCUGGUACGUCGGCUCAGGCGGAAUCUGGCGACGCCGAUGGGGCGGGCGGGCCUCGCCUCCCCGAAACACCGAGUGCCAGUCUGACCCCUGAAGAGACUGCUUCUCUACCUCCCUCGCCCCCCUCGACGCCACCCACGGCGCCACUCCCGACGCCGCCGCAGCAGCAGCUCCCCACGCCCUCGACCAGCGGCAGCCGGUUUAUCGCGGGUCGCCGCGCCGCAGCCCUGCGCUUGAGGCGAGAGCGGGCCGCCUUCGAGGCGUCGCAGGGUGAUGGUGACAACGAGGAGGACGAGGGCGGCCCCGAGACCUUGGGAACACCAAGCAAGCGCCAGCGGACCUCGAACGGGAGCGAUGUGUCUCGCACGGAGUCGGUCUCAGACAAUGACGACGACCGCCGCGGUAACGAUACCGCAAUGUACGAUGACAGCGACCUGGACGACGAGUUUCCCGUGGUCGACGAGGCCUGGGGCUCCCAGUCGCUUGGUCGCCGAGGCGGCAGCUGUGACGGGGAGGUCUAG